CUCUCUCUCUCUCUCCACACCAACUAAAAAUAAGAUAAAAUACCGAUUCGGUUGGCAUUCACUUGACUCCACAUAGCCCCCACAACGUAAAGAUCCCUACUAACCACACCCAUUCGAUUCCUGACUUCCCACUCCUACACACUUUACCCCCCUCAAAACCCAAAGAGAAACAGAAAGCAACUAAAUAAUAACUAAACUCAAUCGAAACCUCACUCGUCCGUCUGCGGCUUGGGUCCUCUACAACCACCUACAACAACCCUUAGACAUAGUCAUUGUUAAUCCACAAUCUCCCCGGUUGCACCCAGUCAUCAUCAUCAUCAUCAUCAUAGCCCUUGUAGUCCUGCCUGGUCAUCGUACAUCAUCGUCUUAGCUGUUCAUCCCCAUCCGAAUACAGCCAUUUCAAUCUCUUCUCUUCCGUGCGUCUUUCCCAUACCCUUUUAGGCUCCUUCACGACACUUCUUUGUGACUUGGUUUACAAAAAAAAACACAUCUGGUCAAACCAUUUAAGGACCCUCCACCUACGCCAUCGGAAUCAUCUCUCCACACACACCCCAACAACCAACAACCCCCAAUAAUCUAUUUACCACUCUCAUAUUCCUACCCAUCCAAACUCAAUUCUUGUGAUCGAUUGAUUGAUUGUUGAUAUCAUCUUACUUAUUGCAAACCUGCCCAGUCAACAUCUCCCGUUGCUGUGCCAAUUCCCCCUCUAUUCCUGAAUCUUACCUCGUCAGCUUGCUGCCCCGGUAUCCUACCUUCUUCUCCCCUGCUUCCGCAACCUAUUCAUCCUCCCCACACACUCGACUUUUUCCUCACAAGAUCAUGCCUGAAUUCGUUGGUGCCAUUGAUUGUGGAACAACCUCCGCGAGGUUCUUCAUCUUCGACCAAUAUGCCAAAGUGAUCGCCAGCCAUCAAGCAGAAUACAAACAAAUUUAUCCUCAGCCAGGAUGGCACGAGCAAGAUCCACGUGACUGGGUUCAGGCCAUCGACACCUGCAUCACCCAUGCCAUUGCUGACUUCAAAAAGAUGGGACAUCAGAUCACCGACUUGAAAACCAUGGGUAUCACCAACCAACGUGAAACCACGAUUGUCUGGGACAAGACCACCGGUCAAAGUCUCUACAACGCCAUCGCUUGGUCCGAUUCGCGUACUACUCCCAUCGUCCAUCGCUUUGAAAACAAAGCCAGCCAAUGGGGUCAAGGAGCUGACCAACUCAAAGGCAAAACUGGCUUGCCCCUCAGCAACUACUUCACCGCCAUCAAGCUCAGAUGGCUUAUAGACAACGUACCGGCAGUGCAAGCAGCCAUGGAUUCUGACAACAUUCUUGUCGGAACCGUUGACACCUAUCUACUCUGGCAUUACACCGGCGGCAUCAACGGCGGUUCGUACUACACCGAUGUCACCAACGCAUCACGUACCAUGUUGAUGGAUUUAGAGACCCUCGAUUGGUGCCCGGAGUUGAUGAACUUCUUUGGGUUUAACUCAGCCCAAUUGAUUCCGUUGUUACCCAAGAUUGUCUCGAACUCUGAGAAUCUCGGCUCCGUUCCUUCCACUCAUCCUGAUAUCCCUGGCCUCCUCAUCUCGGGACUUAUUGGUGAUCAACAGUCUUCCCUCGUCGGUAACCAAUGCUUUUCCGCCGGUGAAUCCAAGAAUACCUACGGCACUGGCUGUUUCAUGCUCUAUAAUGCCGGAACCGAGCCUGUUUACAGCAGCCACGGUCUCAUCACCACUCCUGGCUACCGUUUAGGCCCUGAUGGGCCUACAACCUACGCCCUUGAAGGUGCUGUGGCUGUCGCGGGCUCUUCUAUCCAAUGGUUGAAAAACAAUUUGGGCUUGAUCUCAUCUGCUGGUGAGGUUGGCACAUUGGCCGCUUCAGUAGACGACACGGGCGGUGUUUACUUUGUCACUGGAUUCAGUGGACUUUUCGCGCCUUACUGGGACGACAGCGCGACUGGCCUCAUGAUUGGGCUGACUGGAUUCACUACCAAAGCUCACAUUGCUCGCGCAACGCUUGAAGCUACUUGUUUCCAGACCAAAGCCAUUUUGGAUGCCAUGGCUCUCGACCAGGGCCUCUCGUCCUCCCGUCACACCAGCCCGCCUAACUCUGCUCCCCCUGGAGGCUCAUUCUUUAGUCACAAUCACUCUGCCUCUACUUCUUCCACGUCUUCCACGUUUUCCACCUAUGGCAUGCCCCAAACCCCGACCGCCAAACGUAACGCGCCCACGCGACCCCGACUCCAAACUAGGGAAUCGUUAGGUGUCUACGACCAUACCUUAUCUGGCCCUUUGAAGUCGUUGAAAGUAGACGGCGGUAUGUCAGCUAGUGAUACCUUGUUACAGUUGCAGGCUGACAUACUUGGUGUAGUUGUUGAAAGGUCUGAGAUGAAAGAAACCACCGCCUUGGGUGCUGCCCUCUUAGCUGGUCAUGCUAUCGGUUUGUUUGGGUGGGACUUAAACCGUCCUGAAACUCUCUUUGCUACCCACUCAGCUGGUAAGACGAUCUUCAGGCCCUCGAUCCCCAAAACGAAGAGAGAACAGAGAUACCGCGGUUGGAACCGAGCUGUUACCAGAGCCAAGGGCUGGCUCGAAAAUGACGACAUAGACGAGGAAGAAACCAUUCCUGACUGUGUCGAGAUCGUCGACCAUGACCAAGUCAUGUUGGUCGAAGGACUAUCUAACGUCUACUUCGGCGAGGAAGGACAACCUGUGUUUCGCCGCGAGCAUGAGCAGACUAUUGUGCUUGACCCACUUUCAAAGAGACCCUUGAUAGCUUGAACAUCAUCUCGCGCCCUUUCGCCAUCGCACUACUAUCAGCUUCUACCAUCGACGGUCUCCCCCAUGUUUUUUUUCCCGAUGUCGGAGAAAAAGCCGCUGUUAAUUAUUUUUCAAGCCUAUUAGACAUCACCCUUAUCGUUGCUACUUUUCUUUUUGCUCAACAACACAUGUGUGGCCAUCAGCCAAGACUCAACGACCUUCUGCAUGCCAUCUCACGUCUAUUUUUACCCAUGUAUAUCAAUCGCAAUGAACAUGUCACACUUUCCUCCUGUCACACUGUUUCCCGUCUUGCCCUGCCUCCCUUCUUUUCGUCUCUCCUUUCUCUCUCUAUCUCUUUGUCUCGAUCGAUCUCUUCAUCGGUUUACCCUUCUCCCUUACAUGUGUGUGUUGUUUUAUCCUUAGUAUAAGUCAGUUAAGUUUUGUUGUCGUUGUUAUUCUACCAUCAUCCAUCAUCAUCCUUUUUUACCCACUUUUUAGUUUUGAACCCGUGCUUUUAUUUUUGCACCCCUCUUUUCCUUCCCACAUGAACCCCUAUCUUAUUUACUUAUUCCUUUUGCCAACACAUUCUUAGUUCUUGGAUACAUUACACACUAUAGUACAGACAUGAAAAAACCCAGCCCCCCUUUUUCUUGUACAUACUUAUCCAUCUCCUUUGACGUUUAUGAUUGUUUGGUAAUUUAAUCCCUAUUGUUUUCUCUUCCGCAUAUAUUUCUUUUUUCUGGAGCUUGCUUUUAGAUAAAGUCCUUGUUUCUUUUUUUUUGGUGGUGGUGUUGCACAUCUUGUUUGACUGGAUGCUUACUGUAUGUACGGUUGAAAUGUGGGAUGCUUAUUUAAGAGGCUCCUUUUUUGUGGGUUUGGCUCUAUAUGCUUGAAGGAUGAAAUCAAGUUUGUAUAUAAUACUUGCAGAUGCACAGAUGCAAAUGCAUUCAGG